AUGCAGUCCAUCAGAGACAUGAAGUCCAACUUUAGUACUCCGUCGUCGUCUAUUCCCGGUGGUCCCGAUGCUUAUCGCCAAGGCAACAUCAAGAUGACUCUGGAGAACCCAGAACUCUGGAAGUCCUUCCAUGAAAUAGGAACAGAGAUGAUUAUCACUAAACCAGGCAGGAGAAUGUUUCCACACUGUAAAAUCAACCUUUCUGGACUAAUUCCAUGUUCCAAGUACAUCUUGUUGGUUGACAUGGUACCUGUGGAUGGUUUCAGGUAUAAGUGGAAUAAGGAGAAAUGGGAAGUGACUGGGAAGGCGGAGCCGCAGCCUCCUUGUCGUACGUACCUGCACCCAGACUCUCCGGCCCCUGGGAGCCACUGGAUGAAACAGUCAGUGUCCUUCCUCAAGCUCAAGCUCACCAACAACACUCUGGACCAACAUGGCCAUAUCAUUUUGCAUUCCAUGCACUGCUAUCAGCCGCGCUUCCACAUUGUCCAGGCAGACGACAUGUACAGUGUAUGCUGGAGUGUCUUCCAGACCUUCACCUUCUCUGAGACCACCUUCACCUCGGUCACCGCUUACCAGAACACUAAGAUAACAAAGCUGAAGAUUGACCACAACCCAUUUGCGAAAGGCUUCCGAGACGAAGGAACUAAUACAAAAAAGCAUGCUAACAGAAUCCCAGCCUCAACAGAGAAAAAAACAAAGGAAAUGGAUUAUCUAAGCAAAGACUCAUAUGAGGACAGCCCUUCAAGCUUACACAUGUCAUCAUAUGAGGGAUACGAAGGGGAGCGGGCAGAACUCACUGAGAGAAAAGAGGAGGAAGUGGUGAAAGAGGAGCACUACUCCCCUUGGGGGCCUGAGAGGGAGCAUGGACACCACGGCCAGACAGACACACCCCCUGGACCCGGCGUCAGGGACAUGUACAAUGCAGAGCAGCUAGUACCAGACCCAGCUUCAUACCAGCCAAACAGGUUCCAUAAAUACGGGAGGUCUCCAUCUCCCUCCUCCAACCUGGGCAGCAGCAAUGGCGGUUCUGGACGGGCCAGCUUUGAGUCCAGAGUCCCUGAUGUAGCCACAGUCCCAGAGCAUGAGGCCCCCAAGCCCUCUGUUCAUGAGAUUACACCAUCUCCCUGUGGCCCGCAGCCCCUUGCAGGACAUCAUCCGGACUACACAGGUGUGCUCAACAUGGCCCAAGCAGGCAAGCCAGGGGUCCUCAGCCACCACAUCUACAGCCCUUAUGGCACAGAGAAGACCCUGGGCCAGUGGAGCGGCCCCAGCCAUACCCAGUACCCUCCCCCUCACCACCUACCCACUGACUACAGUACCCCGGCUGUGCACCACGGAUAUCACCAUGGCAACGUGGCUGAGUGGAGCCAGUACCCACUCUUCUCCUACUCAUGCUGGUGA